AUGAGUAGCACCAAACGCAAGGCACCCAGCAAACCCGAGUCACCGGCCAAGAGAGCCCGGUCUGAAGUACCCGAAUACCACCUCACUCCGUCUGUAAAGGAUGAAGACGGCGGCGUUCGGUGGCCAGCACCGAAGAGGCAAAUGGAGAAAGCUAGAGAGAUCAUCGUCGAAUGGUGAGUGUUGCACUUCGUCGGAAUAUUGCAAACCACGUUGCCACCGUGGAUUUAAUGCUCAUCGAUGACUUCCACCUGGUGACCGCUCUGUGAAAUCGCAAUCGAAACCAAUCCCCCUGGAGGUCGGUCUACCACGUACGUAACGCGUCCCUUCGAAUCUUACUGACUUUCGGUAGUGCAAAUGCCCAAAAGCACGUUGUCAUCGUACCGGACAAAGACGCAGACGGUCUUACGGCUGGCGCCAUCUUACGACAUACAUUGGUAUUCCUCGGCCUCUCCAAAGAUCUGAUACACGUCCACCUUCUAAGCAAAGGAAAUACUGUUCACUCAGAGGAUGAACGCCGUAAAUUGGCCUCGCACGCUCCUGCAUUCGUGUUCGUUGUAGACCAUGGGAGCCGGGCAGGACCGCCUCUUGUAGACGGAGAUCACACUGGGCUUGUCAUUGACCACCACCACGCUACUCCGGACGACUUUCCCGCCGGCUGUGAACAUGUUACAGCGUGCGAAUCGCCACCCGUUGCAACCUCCUCGCUACUCACGUGGGAGCUGUGUGAGCCUUUGCAUCCUGAGGUAGUGUCUCGUUGUGACUGGCUGUGUAUAGUCGGCACUCACGGCGAUCUUGGCAACACGCUCAAAUGGUCGCAUCCAUUUCCCGACAUGCAGGCGACCUUGAAGAAGUACACCAAGAAGACGCUCAACGACGUCGUCUCCCUCAUCAAUGCGCCUCGCCGGACGGCGUCCUACGAUGUCAAGUCAGCCUGGGAUGCACUAUGCGACACUCUAGAACCCGCAAGUAUCCUCAAGAAUCCCCGUCUCCUCGCUGCACGAGCCGAGGUCAACGCAGAAGUGGAGAGAUGUACACAUACCGCUCCCAAAUUCUCGGCAGAUGGCAAGGUCGCGGUCUUCAGGAUCCAAAGCGAAGCGCAGGUACACCCGGUGAUAGCAACCAGAUGGGCCGGCCAUCUUCAGAGCAAAGCGCUGGAAAUGAUCCUCGUCGCUAACGAGAGCUACCUACCCGGUAAGGUCAAUUUCUCCUGUCGCAUCCCCCGCUGUGCAAGAAGCAGAGACCCGCCCGUGGACAUCAUCAAGAACUUGAAAGCAUACGCCAGUCUCCCAGAACCCCCGAAGGAUGACCCUCUCGAGAACGACGACAAGACCACCCAAACACCAGCCGCAUCCUCCGAUGAACGCCCCUUACUCGAACGCCUAGGUCAGGAUUUCGCGCGAGGCCAUGUGCAAGCUUCCGGCGGCAUUGUCUCCCAUGACGAAUUCGAAGAGCUCAUGCGGAGGAUGCAAGUGGGCGUGAAGACAUCGAAGAAGGAAAAAGACAGUAGUAGUAAUACGAGUCCUUCCAAGGCGAAGGCCAAGGGCAAAGAUAUCGAUCCUGGACAGAAGAAUACUCUGAUGGGAUAUUUCGGAAGAAGUAAUGCUGAUUUCAUGGAGUAA